AUGCAGAUAGAUUGCAGAAACAGAGAAGAAAGAUUACUGCUUAUUUCAGAAGCACUCCUUGGGGACUUAAAUUUUGGAAGUGCUCCUUUUUACGUGAUCUCCUCAAAGAUGAUGAGUUCUAAUCCCGAGGAGGACCCUUUGGACGCAUUUCUCCAGUACAUUGAGGAUAUGGGGAUGAAGGCCUAUGAUGGCUUGGUUAUUCAGAAUGCAUCCGACAUCGCUCGAGAAAAUGAUCGCUUGAGAAAUGAAACAAACCUGGCCUACUUGAAGGAGAAGAAUGAGAAACGCCGAAGACAAGAAGAAGCAAUAAAACGCAUAGGUGGAGACGUAGGGCGAGGCCACGAAGGGAAUUACGUGGGCAAACAUUUCCGCAUGGGAUUCAUGACAAUGCCUGCCCCUCAAGACAGACUUCCUCAUCCUUGCUCCAGUGGCUUUUCUGUGAGAUCGCAGUCCCUGCACUCGGUGGGAGGUACAGAUGACGACAGCAGCUGUGGCUCCCGGAGACAGCCCCCGCCCAAACCCAAGCGGGACCCUAGCACCAAGCUGAGCACCUCAUCGGAGACAGUCAACAGCACAGCAACCUGUAAGGGCGGGAAAGCCCCCGAGAGGACUGAAGUACCGGCCAAACCCAGACCCCACAGUGAUGAAUAUUCUAAGAAGAUUCCUCCCCCGAAACCCAAACGAAAUCCAAACACUCAGCUUAGCACGUCUUUCGAUGAAACGUAUAUCAAAAAGCAUGGACCUAGGAGGACAUCGCUCACGCGGGACUCCUCCCUAUCCCAGAUGAGCAGCCCUGCGGGCGACACUGAGGAAGAGGAGCCUGUGUACAUUGAGAUGGUAGGCAACAUUCUCAGAGACUUCCGGAAGGAGGAGGACGACCAGAGUGAGGCAGUCUAUGAGGAGAUGAAAUACCCCAUCUUCGACGACUUAGGUCAAGACUCCAAAUGUGACUUUGACCAUCACAGUUGUUCUUCGCAGUGUGCUACCCCCACAGUGCCUGACUUGGACUUCGCCAAGUCCUCAGUGCCAUGUACUCCAAAGGGUUUGCUUUGUGACAUCCCCCCGCCCUUCCCCAAUCUGCUUUCCCACCGACCUCCACUCCUGGUGUUCCCACCAGCUCCCGUGCAGUGUUCCCCCAAUUCUGACGAGUCUCCGCUCACUCCACUCGAGGUCACAAAGCUUCCUGUGUUGGAAAAUGUGUCUUAUAUGAAACAACAGGCUGGAGCUUCUCCAUCCUCACUGCCAUCACAUACCUCUGGCCAUCCCAAGCUGGAGAAAGACCAGACCGGAGUCAUAGGACCUGUUUCUGCUGCUUCUGUGCUCUCCUCGUCCCCUCCCCACCCUUCCACUUUGUACCGAACUCAGUCUCCACACGGCUAUCCUAAAAGUCAUUCUGCUUCUCCUUCACCUGUUAGCAUGGGGAGGUCCCUUACUCCCUUAAGCCUCAAAAGGCCUCCUCCCUAUGACGCUGUGCAUUCCGGCAGCCUUUCAAGGAGCUCUCCAUCAGUGCCUCAUUCGACCCCCAGACCAGUGUCUCAAGAUGGGGCCAAGAUGGUCAAUGCUUCAGUGAACACCUACGGGGCGGCUCAGAGCGGUUCCCGGUCCAGAACACCCACAAGUCCUUUGGAAGAACUUACCAGCCUCUUUACCUCAGGACGUAGCCUGCUAAGGAAGUCCUCCAGCGGCCGACGUUCUAAAGAGCCCGCAGAGAAAUCGACAGACGAGGUGAAAGUCCGCAGCCACAGCACGGAGCCGAUACCAAAGCUGGAGAGCAAAGAGAGAGGGCAUCACGGGGCAUCUUCCUCCAGAGAGCCUGGCAAAGCUCAGGAAUGGGACGGAACACCGGGGCCACCUGUGGUGACCAGUAGAAUGGGAAGAUCCUCUGUGAGCCCUACCUUGUUAGCAGGAAACCACAGUUCAGAGCCUAAGGUAAGCUGCAAGUUAGGCCGGUCUGCGUCCACAUCAGGUGUGCCUCCUCCAUCAGUUACUCCUCUCAGGCAAGCCAGUGACCUGCAACAGAGCCAGGUGGCAUGCAUGCCGUGGUUUCAUGGAGACCAUACAAUGCUUGAGAUGAUUGAGAAAAAGCGUUGCUUGUGCAAGGAAAUAAAGGCUAGACAGAAAACAGAAAAGGGCCUUUGCAAACAGGAUAGCAUGCCCAUCCUACCCAGCUGGAAGAAGAACGCAGGUGCAAAGAAGUACAGCCCUCCACCCUAUUCUAAGCAGCAAACGGUAUUCUGGGAUACCGCCAUCUGA